GUCAUCAGUGGCAGAUCUAUAUUCUGUAAACAUUACCACAUCGCCGUGAAGGAUGGCUGAGUUGGACGUGGUUGUUGUUGGAUCCUGCAACAUGGACCUCAUCAGCUAUGUUUCCCGCCUCCCCAAACCAGGAGAGACCAUCCAUGGGAACAAGUUCAGCCUGGGGUUUGGAGGGAAGGGUGCAAACCAGUGUGUCAUGGCAGCCAGGCUGGGAGCAGCCACUGCCAUGGUAGCAAAGGUUGGCGAUGAUGUGUUUGGAAGCAACUUCAUCCAAAACUUCAAAGACAAUGGAGUCAAUGUAGAUAAUGUUGAAGUGACAAAAGAAGCAUCCACAGGUGUGGCCCCCAUUGCUGUCAAUGAAGAUGGUCAGAAUUCCAUAAUCAUAGUGAGUGGAGCCAACCUGAAGUUGACUGCAGCUGAUGUGAAGGAGCAUGAAUCUGUUAUUACCCAGGCUAAGGUUCUAAUCUGUCAGCUAGAGAUUCAACCAGAAACUUCACUGGAGGCAUUGAGGAUAGGAAAGCAACACGGAGUUACCACCAUCCUGAACCCUGCCCCGGCAGAAGCCUCCUUGGAUCCAGAGCUCUACAAGUUGUCUGAUAUAUUCUGUCCUAAUGAGACUGAGGCAGAGAUACUGACAGGACUGCCUGUCACAACAGCAGAAGAGGCAGAAAAGGCUGCAGACGUCCUGCUGGAUAAAGGGUGUGAGAAGGUCAUCAUCACACUAGGAGAGAAGGGCUGUCUGUGUAAGUCUUCAGUGUCAGAGAAAGGCAUCCAUGUUCCAGCCAGGAAGGUCAGCCCUGUGGACACCACAGGUGCAGGGGAUGCCUUUGUGGGUAGCCUUGCUUACUACAUGGCCUGCCACAAAGACCUGAGGCUGGAAGAGGUGAUACAGAAAGCUUGUCACAUCUCCUCCAUCAGUGUGUGCAGCCCGGGGACUCAGACAAGCUUCCCUUACAGGAAGGACCUCCCAAAGGACCUCUUUUAAACUGAACACAGAAACAUGUUGUGCCAAUAGACUUUUCAGUCAAUUAAACUCAGUUAGAAUAUUUCAUAUAUGGUUGUGUAAUGCAAAAUGGGACCACAAAUGGCA